AUGACCAAGGCAAGCAGGAAGCCACGGCCGUCAGGAAGAUUUGCAAUGCGGUUUGCUUCAAGGAAGAAUGGAACGAAGAAGACCCUUUGUCAAAGGAGGGGCAGACGUGUUGUGAAGGCACGAAAUAUGACCAUGAGGAUCAGAAGACCUCUACAAGCUACAUUCAGAAAAAAAAUCCGAUUGUAUGCCACUCAAUCGACGAAGCCAAAGAAAACAAGAAAAUCAAACCGUUUCUUCUCUGGCUGUGGACGUAAGAAAUCAAAUCGAAGCCGAAAAAGGUACCAAAAUAUGAGGGAAAGUCAUGGAAGGAGGCAGAAUCCAAAGAGAAAAUAA